CUGUAUCGGGAUUGGUUUAUAUGAAGGGAGAUCCAGAAAAAAGAAUCCCACCCAAAAUCUGGACCCUGACUUUAAACAAAUAUGUGGGAUUCGAGAACCUCAUACUUGUGAAAACACCUUUAUAUAUUCUCAUCCUACCUAGAAGCCAGUAAAGCCGUCUCGAAUUUCCUACAGCAGAUGAUUACAGUGAUGCGCCAGCAAUAGAAACAAUUCAUGCACCCCUUCUCAAUCCUCACACUUGCGAUUUUCGUAGCCGGCUACAUCACUGCGAGGUGGGACCUGGUUACUAGACUUUAUGAGCUUGCAAUAUUCGCAUGGGAUCACGGAGUAGUGGCACGAACUUUGAAAGGAUUCGCGAUUCUUUCCCUCUUCUUCUUUUUAUUCAUUAUACCAGUAGAAAGGCUCGCGUCGAGGGAGACGACACUAGUAAAGAAGCAUUACAUCUACAACCAUAAGCCUAGCUAA